AUGAGGAAUGAGAUCAAACAACUGACUCAGAGGCUGGAAAACUCUGAAAAACACCAGAAGAUGCAAGACAGUCAGAUAGCUCAGAUAGCUCAGUACGUCUCAAGAGCACAGGGUACAUUCCCAGGGAAGCCAGACUUAAAUCCAGUGGAACAUUGCAAUCACAUUGAGCUGAGGAGCGGACGUACUGUGGGAGACUCUCAAAUCAUUACUCAGAAGGAGCCCUCUCUCCUAUUGCCCAAUCAGACUCAAAAUAAGGAUAGAGAAGAGGCUACUAAAAAGAUUGAAGAAACUUUUCAAGCUACCCCACAGAAUCAGACGAUCCCUUUUCCUCAGAAGCUUAUAGCAUCCCAGAAAGAUGAAGAGUUUAACCGCUUCCUGAAGAACAUCAAAGAAAUCUGCAUAGAAGUACCACUGAUGGAUGCGCUGCACCAAAUGUUGAAGUUCGUAAAUUUUUUAAAGGGAAUAUUAUCUAAUAGAAGGCAGAAGGGUGACUUCGAGACUGUAGCAUUAACAAAGAAUUGUAGCGCCCUCCUUAUGGAGAAUUCUCCACCAAAGCUUCAGGAUCCAGGAAGUUUCUCCAUACCAUGCAAAAUUGGUUCCGAACUUAUACCGAGAGCUUUCUGCGACUUGGGGGCCAGCGUCAGCCUACUUCCGUACACUUUAUGCAAGAAGCUGGGCCUCCAGAACAUUAAAUUGACCACUAUGGCACUGCAAUUAGUUGACCAUUCAUGUAGAUACCCAAUGGGGAUAUUGGAAGAUAUACCAGUUGAAGUAGGUGGAUGCAUAGUUCUCACAGAUUUCAUUAUCUUGGAUAUGGAGGAAGACCCUAAGAUACCGAUUAUCCUUGGAAGACCAUUCCUUGCCACAGUUGGAGCCAUCAUUGAUGUAAAAAGUCACAGGUUAUCCUUGGAGAUCGGCAGAGAAAAGAUUGAGUUUAAUUUAUCAGAUUCCUCCAUCUGCAACCCCUCUUCUCAGGGAAAUUCUCUCAAGAUCAACAUACACGAAGUCGAGGAGUGCAAUUUCCAUGAGAGUUCCCCUCUAGUAAGCACCACGAAGUACAUUUGUCCUGCGCGAGAGAAACUGAAGGCGCAGGCUGGAGCAUUAACCCCAAGAGGAGAGCCGUCCUUCCACGGGUUUAGUCCGCAUUAA